CUCUGAAACCGCUGGGGAUCUGAUCUGCUCUGUUGACGGCUUGGCGUGACGGCUGGGGCGGCUGGUGGGGACGAUGGCUGCCCAUGAGCACCCCGUCAGCCACUUGUUUGUCGGCAGCCGAAGCCAUCUGCCCGACAUCGUCACGGUUGCCCGCCUUAGGGCCACAUCGAAGAGCAUCCGGGCUGCCUUCACCAUAGCUGAGCUGCGCACCCGCCUCGCCAACUCACUGAGCCGUGACGGAGAUGGCAUCAACACUAAGCAGCUGCAGCUGGUGCGGUUCGACCCAUCGCUGUGGAUAGGUGAGCUGAUGGCGGCGGUGUGGAUAGCCGAGGAGGGCGGGCGGUGGGAUGAGACGGGGGAGAUGCUGCAGUGGGCCAGCCAGUGCGGCUGUUGUCAGCUGCCCCUCAACCUCACGGCAGAUGACAUUCGCACACACGCCAACAAGACGGUAAGGCACACACACACAGGGAGGCGGGAGGGAACAGAGAGGCCUCAGUCAUUCCUCUGUCUGUCUGUCUGUCUGUCUGUGUGGUGUAGGCGUAUAGAUCGGUAGCUCGUGUGUUGGCGCAGCUCAUGGUGGUCGGCCGCCACGUGGCCUUCGGUGAUGGCAGCUGCCUGCGGAUCUUCCGCCGUGCCAAUGGUGAGGUGCGGGCCAUCAAGAACGAUUUCUGGUUCCGGCUGGACGACGUCGACCCGCCCCUCCCUCCCCACCAUCUGUAUCAGCGGCACCGACUACAGCAUGACCCACCAGUGGAAACCGGCAUCGCCUACUUUGGUGUAUGGCGGUCGAGCUUCCUGUACGAGUAUGCGUCAUUGUCGUCAUUUGCCAAGAAGAUGAUCCUCGACCACUUCUACUGCACUCACCAGCCCUCUCGCACAUCGAUACGACUCAACAGGUAACACACCAAUGGCACCAGUGGCGAGAGUGGUGCGUGUUUGAUUGUGUGGUUUGUUGGUUCAGGCGUGUUGGCGGCGGCCGUCUGGAUGGCCUCCUCAUUCAGUCGCCACACACACCGGUGGCCGGAUGCACCACCACACUCAGCUCGGACGGCCGUGUUGGGCGGUACCUGGUGCUCACCAGCAGCAGCCACACCUUCGUGGCGUGGAUUGCCAUUUCGAAUUUGGGGGACAACACCGGUCACGCCGACAGACAGCUCUGCUGGUGGUCAAAUGUCAUGUGUUGUUCUCUCUCGUCUGUCUGCAGUGAGGGUUACUGUCCACACGACCGAGGCGCCUGUGCCGUGUGUGAGCGGUUCCUUCAAGGACCGCUUCCCGGUCACGACUCAGCUGGCCCGUGUGGCGCUGGGUCGAGUGACGCCAUACGUCUUCGACGGCCAAGUACAACAGCAGCAGCACGACGACAGCGACGAUGACGGUACAGACUGAGGGAGGAAUGUGUGUGUGAAUGGAUGCCGUGCCCUCUCCCGGUGUGUGCGUCUGUGUUCAGGAGGAUACCUGUAGCUGGAUUGCAUUCAACUGGCGCCAUAGAUAGCUGCCGAUGACCCAUCCAGGCUGGCUGUGGGCUGAGGGGCUGGGGUGGGUCUGUCUCUCCGGUCCUCCGGUCUGUCUGCAGAGCUAUGUGCAUGUCUAGCUGUCUCUCCCCCUCCCUCUAACCUGUCGAUGUAUAUUGAUGAAUGGCUGGCCGACUUUGUCCGCUGUGGUGAUGCAUGUAUUCUCUGAUGAGCGUGACAUUGCCCAGUAUGCAUGAGUGUGUGAAUAGUAUUGAGCGUCCUUUUCGUGUCAAAUCCC